AUGAAGAACUGCACCAAUGACAACGACACGCUGCAGAACCGCACAGCACUAUUUCAACUGAUUGUCUACAUCCCAGUGCUCUCUUUGGGGAUCCCACUUAACACGAUGGCCUUCUGGGUCUUCUGCUGCAAACUCAAGAAGUGGACUGAGACCAGGGUGUACAUGAUCAACCUCAUGGUCGCAGACAGUUUCCUGCUCUUUGCCCUGCCUUUCCUGAUAUACUUCACCAAGUACGACCAUCCCAUAGACAAGCUGUGUUCUACCAUCCUGAACAUCUAUUUUACAAACAUGCCUAUGAGCAUCCUUAUCAUCACCCUAAUUGCCAUUGAUCGAUACAUUGCAAUCAAGUUCCCUCUAAAAGCAAAGGUUCUUCGAUCCCCAUUGAAAUCUGCUUCUAUCUGUGGGUUUCUUUGGAUAACAGUAAUAAUGUAUUCUUACCUGCGUCCAAAAUCUGAGGAAAAAGAGGAAAAAUUCUGCCUUCGGAAACAAUCUAUUCAACCUAAUUAUUCACUGCUAUUCUCCAUCAUCUUUUGGUAUUUUAUUCCCUUAGGGAUUGUGAUUUUUUGCUCAGUACAAAUCAUCAAAUGUCUCAAAAAGAAUAUGGCCACGACCUCUCACGAGACAAAGUUAAUCCAGAAAGCAAUCCACAUUGUUUCUGUGAAUAUGUGUGUUUUCAUUGUACAAAAUUCCUCUCUAAUACCUGUGCUUGCUGACUAUGCAUGA